GGGAAGCUGAACUCUCUGAUAAGAAACUUAGAAUUUUCUCUCAUUCAUAGCCGGCCUGUCUUGCUUCUCUUCCCCAUCCCUCCCUAAACCCUAACAAUACACUAAAUAAAAGAAAUAUCAAUGGCAUCAAAUCAGCUGCGAUGCCAUUACGAGGUGCUUGGUGUAUCACGCGAUUCGUCGCCUGAAGAAAUCCGUUCGGCUUUUAAAAAGCUUGCUCUCCGGCGCCAUCCUGACAAGCUUCUCCAAUCUGGCUUAAGCCAAGCCGAGGCUACUGCUCAAUUUCAAGAGCUUGUUCAGGCUUACGAGGUCCUCUCCGAUCCCAAAGAACGAGCUUGGUACGAUUCUCACCGUUCUCAAAUCCUCUUCUCCGAUCCCAAUUCUGGUAACUCGGUCCCUGACUCGGUCAUUCCUAAUUUGUUCUCUUUCUUCUCCAACACUGUCUACUCGGGUUAUACUGAUUCUGGAAGAGGUUUUUAUAAGGUUUAUUCUGAUGUUUUUGAUAAGAUUUAUGCGAAUGAGGUUAAUUUUUGUAGGAAAUUAGGGUUAGGAUUGGAUAGUGUUAGGGAGGCUCCGUUGAUGGGGAGUUUGCAGAGUGAUUAUGCGCAGGUUUCGGCUUUUUAUAAUUAUUGGUUGGGGUUUAGCACUGUUAUGGAUUUUUGUUGGGUUGAUCAGUAUGAUGUAAUGGCGGGGCCGAAUAGGAAAUCGAGGAGGGUUAUGGAGGAGGAAAAUAAGAAGUUGAGGAAGAAGGCGAGACGGGAGUAUAAUGAAACUGUGAGGGGGUUGGGGGAGUUUGUUAAGAAGAGGGAUAAGAGGGUGAUUGAUAUGGUUGUUAAAAAGAAUGCUGAGAUGGAGAGGAAGAAGGAGGAGGAGAAGGAGAGGAAGAAAAAGUUGGAGAGCGAGAAGAUGGAGAGGUUGAGAGCGUAUGAGGAACCGGAGUGGGCGAGGGUGAAUGAAGAGGAGGUGGAUGGAAUGGAGGGUUUUGAGGAAGACGAGGAUAAGGGGAAGAAGGGUAAUGGAGGGAAGGAGUUGUAUUGUGUCGUGUGUGGGAAGAAGUUUAAGAGUGAGAAGCAAUGGAAGAAUCAUGAACAGUCAAAGAAGCAUAAGGAGAAGGUUGCUGAGUUGAGGGACUCGUUUCAGGGUGAAGAUGACGAGAGGGAAGAUAUCGAGGAGGAUGAGCUGGAGAAGAAUGAGGACGUGGAUGAAAUAGAGGAGAUGUUUAAAGAGGAUUUUAAAAUACAGCGGGAAGGGAAUGGCGCUGAGGUUCUGUAUUCAAGUGAUAAAGAAGAUGGGUUUUUUGAUGCUGAUGACAUGGAUGGGAUUGACGAGAAGAAUGGGAAUGUAGAGGAUGAGGAGGGGGAGGAAAUGAGCGUACUUGAAGCAAUGAUGUCGGGGCACAGAAGUAGGAAAAGUAGGGGUUCAAGGCAUACGAAUGAGGAGUUUCCACAGGAAGUUGAGGAUGCAAAAGAGGCUGAGGUUAUGGAAUAUAAUAACCGGAAGACUAGGAGAAGAGGCAAGAAAAUGAGGGGUUGGAACAAUGGUGGUGAAGGUGUUACAAGCGACAUUGAUGAAAGCAAGAGUGCCAAUGAAGAAACUAAUGGGUGUGAUGAUGAACAAAACAAGGAGCCUGCUUCUAAUUCUUUUGUGGAGGAUGAGAAUGAUGGUAAAAUUGAUGAUCAUUUAGGGAAAACUGGCAAGAGCUCAAACCAAUCUUCCAAGAAGAAAGGGGCUGCAAAGAAGGAAGCAAAUGUGAAAUCAAAGAAGUUGUCUAAAGGCAAGAAAGGAAAGGCAAUUUCUAAGGAUUCUGGUAAUGUGUGUGAUACAUGUGGAGUAGAAUUUGAAUCCAGGUCUGCAUGA